ACACACACACACAGCCUACCGGAAUCAAUACACACACCAGAGCGCCCAAUAUGAGCUUCUUAACUGAAGAAAGAGGAAACCCCAACACUUUGAGCUAUAGGCUAUACUUCAAGAACUCAGAUGGAAAAUAUCUUUCACCAUUCCAUGACAUCCCUAUGUUUGCAGAUGAAGCUCAGAACAUUUUCCACAUGGUUGUUGAAGUGCCAAGAUGGACAAAUGCAAAAAUGGAGAUUGCAACAAAAGACCCCCUGAACCCAAUUAAGCAAGAUGUCAAGAAGGGCAAUUUGCGCUAUGUGGCCAAUGUUUUCCCCCAUAAAGGCUAUAUUUGGAAUUAUGGAGCAAUUCCUCAGACUUGGGAAGACCCCGGGCACAAAGACAAUGACACGGGUUGCUGUGGUGACAAUGACCCAAUUGAUGUCUGUGAAAUCGGCAGCAAGGUGUGUAGUCGCGGAGAUGUCAUCAAAGUAAAAGUCCUGGGUGUUUUAGCAAUGAUUGAUGAAGGUGAAACUGACUGGAAAGUUAUUGCAAUCAACGUUGAUGACCCUGAGGCAAAGGACUUGAACAACAUUAGCGACGUGAGGCGACACAAGCCAGGCUACCUCGAGGCAACAGUCGACUGGUUUAGGCGAUACAAAGUACCUGAUGGAAAACCUGAGAACCAGUUUGCAUUCAACGGAGAGUUCAAAGACAAGGACUUUGCAAUUGAGACAAUCAAAGCCACCCAUGGCUUCUGGAAGGCACUUCUCUCACAACAAACCAAUGCUGGUGAAUUAAACUGCAAGAACACCUGCGUCUCAGAGGGUAAUAGUCCAUUCUGCUGUUCAGCCGAUGAAGCCAAAGCAGUUGUUGAUGGAUCAUGCGCUUGCGGAGAUGCCAGUCCAAUUCCAACCUCAGUUGACAAGUGGUUCUAUUAUGCGAAGAACUAAAGAAGACAACACUGCGAAAGGACCAGUCUGAUCAUGAGACUAUUAGGAUAUGUAUGUCAGGAACUGUUGAGUAUAAUGGAUAUUUUAGAGAAAAACAGGGGCACUUCACUUCUUAUUUGAGAGCUGAGUCUCGUAUUAGAGCAACAGUUGUAGGAGCUAACCAGCGUCUCGUUAAGUUGUUUUUGAUAAUGGUUAGAGAUUCUUUGUAACAUUUACUAAUGUUAGUUAACAGUCUGGUGGCACUCAGGUACUGUACAAUUCUGAACAAAUGCUUUAAUAAAGCUAUUCUCAUAUGACA